GCUAACGUAACCCAGUUCCGAUAACUUCGUCAACCGCCAUCAUGGCUUCCAUCCCUGCCCUAGCUGCUUUGUCUUCUGCUAUGCGACGAACUUCGUCUGACGCCACAUUGUCUUUUUUGUCAACCCUGAACAACCGCCAAAACUCGUCCGAGUCACUGCAAGAGCUCGACGUGCCUGUCCUGCGUGGUCCUGGAUCACCUUUUGGUUCUGGUGCUAGCCUUGACCUGUCCCGCACCGCCGGUCUCCUCGAUAGCUUCUCCGGUCUUGACGAUCUCGACUUGAGCGCCUUUGACUCUGAUACCGACUCUGCUUUUGUUGCUGCUGCCUCGGCUCAAGUGCCUUUGGCCCCGACCACCACUGCCACCUCAGCGCCCACACCCGCUCCCCUGAGCGCCGACAACGCCAACAGCAUCCUCAAGCUGUUCCAGUCGACCCUAGCUGAACCCGGCUUUGACCUUGAGAUGAUGCUUGAGGCCAAGCAGGUGGACGGGGGCAUCCUGCCCCCGCCCGCCACCACCCUGCACGAGGCUUCAACGGCCGCCAGCGCCAGCGGCGUCACUUUUACCGUCGGUGACCCGGAGCUGGACCAGCUGCAGCCGUUGGAGUACAGUGACUGGGAUAGCUCCAGCACUGGACUGAGCCCGUCACAACCCGCCUCUCCUGUGGAGCAGACGCAGUCGACACAGCAACACCAAUCCAUGUACGGCGCACCCGUAACCUCGGCCAUGGUCACCGGUAACGGCAGCUUUUAUGGUCUGCUGGAGACGGAGGGCGAUCACAUGAUGCCCCCGGUCUUGCGUUCACCCAUGGUGUCGUCAGCCUUUCUGCGCGACAUGGAGCAGGCGCCUCUGACUUCGUCGGCCUCACUCGCUCGUUCGGACCGCAUGGACGCUAGCCUCGAGCGCCUCCUCGAUUUCGACUCUGACUUUGACCUAAACUCACUCAUCGCGCCCGCCCGUUCCCCCGUCGUCACAUCCACGGCCACUGCGCCUUCGGCAACGGCACCGGCACCGGGCUCACUUCGUCCCUCGCAAACGACCACCACGCUCUGCGAGCGGGCCAUGGCGCGUGGCUCAGGGCAACAGCCGUCCAAGACUCAUGAGGACGUCGUUUCGACCAGUGCUGCUACUACCCGUCCCAUGCUGUCAUCCAAGGGCAAGAUUAAGACACAAAAGGAGAAGCGCUUCACCAUGCGUGAACUGGAUCAGCGCAACGAGCACUUGCGGCGUCACAUUGACGAAACCAAGGGCGCUGUCUCGGAUGCCCUUCGUGUCCUCAACCAACUGUGGGCCAGCGGCAAGCUUCCCGGCUUGUAACCCGUCCCUCUGUUCUGUUCAGUGUGUAUCAUGUCUGUCCGUCUGUUGUACGUGUGUGUGUAUGCGUACAAAGUAGCAUCAGCUUUCUCUGUCAUCUUUCCUGUUUUUGCUCAGGUGGAAUAAAAAAAUCUUGCGAGUCUUUUAAAUUUCCUUGUUCAUCCUUGUCGUGUCAUGUUCUUUUUUUUUUUUUUGAUUUGCUUCGUCAUCUUGGCUGCUGGCGAAGCCUGAAAUUUGUUCCUUUUUUAUCCCGCCUGACACUGCGUGUCCGCCUGUGCUCGUGACCAGCUCCGCGUUCUAUUGCUUUCUUACAUAGCGCCCUCAGAGGGUUUGUUCUCGUCUUUUGCGUGCUGCCAUUUCCGGCAACUUUAAUCUCUUGAAGAUGAACCUGAAUCCAUUGUCAUCUCUC